AACUGAACAAUACUUCAUUGUGACACAAAAUUCAAUCAAAAUAAAUUUUGAAAUUGACGUACAUCAUGUCAAAUUCACAUUUGAAUCAUUAAUCAUUCUUCUCAUUAUGUUCACCAAAAUCUCCAGUUUCACCUAAGAAAAAAAAUCAUCAUAAGCAUUAGUGUUCAAACAUGGCAUCAUACGCACCUUCAUCACCAUCAGUUGGAAUAGACUUGGGCACCACAUAUUCUGUGGUUGGAAUUUUCAAAAACGGUACUGUGGACAUCAUUGCAAACAAUGAGGGCAAUCGUACGACCCCUAGUUACGUGGCUUUUACAGACACUGAACGACUUAUUGGAGACGCUGCUAGAUCUCAAGGAGCUAUGAACCCAUCCAAUACAGUGUAUGGAAUCAAGAGACUCAUUGGAAGAAAAUUCGAUGACCCAAUGGUACAAACAGACAUGAAAAACUGGCCUUUUGAAGUUAUUAAUGAUAAAGGAAAACCGAAAAUUAAAGUAAAAUACAAAAAUGAAACUAUGACGUUUUUUCCUGAAGAGAUAUCAGCUAUGGUACUGUCAAAAAUGAAGGAAACAGCCGAAUCUUAUACAGGUGGAUAUGUAUCCAAAGCAGUUGUCACAGUACCAGCAUAUUUCAACGACUCCCAACGCCAAGCCACCAAAGAUGCCGGUACAAUAGCCGGCCUAGACGUCCAAAGAAUCAUAAAUGAACCCACAGCAGCCGCCAUAGCUUAUGGAUUAGAUAAAAAGGGUCAAAAAGAUCGAAACGUACUAAUUUUUGAUUUUGGAGGGGGUACAUUCGAUGUCUCUGUCCUGGCUAUAGCUGAGGGAAUAUUUGAAGUACAAUCCACGUCGGGAGAUACUCACUUAGGAGGAGAGGACAUAGAUAACCGAAUGGUACAAUACUUCAAAGACGAGUUCAAAAAGAAGUAUAAAUCUGAUCUAACUGGUAACAAAAGGGCAUUGAGGCGACUUCAAACAGCUUGUGAAAGGGCUAAAAGAACCUUAUCAACUUCGACACAAGCUUCUAUAGAAAUCGACUCGUUACAUGACAAUAAUGAUUUUUACACUAACAUAAGCAGAGCAAAAUUUGAAGAACUGAACUCUGAUAUUCUCCUCAGUACAUUAGGGCCUGUCGAGAAAGCUCUGAAAGAUGCUAAAUUGAAGAAAGAACAAAUAGAUGAUGUUGUACUAGUCGGAGGUUCAACGAGAAUUCCGAAAAUUCAGUCUCUGUUGCAAGGAGUCUUCAAGGGUAAAGAAUUAAACAAGUCUAUUAAUCCAGACGAGGCUGUAGCAUAUGGUGCGGCUGUCCAGGCCGCCAUUUUGGAUGGAGAUACACACGAAACUGUUAAAGACCUUUUACUUUUAGACGUCACACCUCUGUCACUGGGCAUUGAGACUGCCGGAGGUGUAAUGACGGUGAUAAUAAAGAGAAACAGUACGAUACCAGCCAAGCACACUCAAAUUUUCUCGACCUAUAGUGACAACCAGCCAGGUGUGCUUAUUCAAGUGUUUGAAGGGGAACGAGGCAUGACUAGGGACAACAACUUACUGGGGAAAUUUGAUUUAUCUGGGAUACCUCCAGCACCAAGAGGUAUUCCACAAAUAGAGGUAUCAUUCGAUCUCGACGCCAAUGGCAUCCUAACUGUCCAAGCCAAAGAACUAAUGACAGGAAAACAGAACGACAUCAGAAUCACCAACGACAAAGGCCGACUAGACAAGCGCCAAAUUGAAAAAAUGAUCAAAGAAGCGGAACAAUUCAAAGAAUCCGACCAAGAAAUGAAAGCUGCAGCUGCAGCAAAAAACGAUUUGGAGUCCUAUGUCUAUCAAAUGAAGGGCAUCGUCAAGGACCCGACCAUUGGAUCCAGAAUCACAUCUGCUGAAAGGACCGAAAUAAUCAAAGCGUGUGAGAAGGCUGAGAAUUGGUUGAAGGAUACUGACAAGGCUUCGGAGAGGGAAUAUGCUGAGAAGAAAGAGGAGGUUGAGAAGGUGUGUAGACCGGUGAUGAUGAGGCUGUAUUCUGCGACGGGCGGUCAGCAACCUCCAGGGAGGGAUUUUCCUAGUCAGUCGCCUGACGAUGGACCGGUCAUUGACGAAGUGGAUUGAAGUAACAAAAAGAAGAUGGAGAAAUGAAUAAAAGGUUGCAUAAAGGUCAUACAUUUAGAAAAAGUAAAUAUUAUAACAGAAAUAAAACCAUAACAUCGUGAA